GCCCAGCGCUGCCCGGCUCGCCACUUCAAAAACAACGAGUACUUUGCUGCAAUCGAAACUUGCGCAGUCAUGUCGCAUUAAAGUGAGAUUUACUUUAUCUGCGAGUGUUUUCAAGCUUGAUCUGUUUUACUUCUACAACAGUAAACACUAGAGACGAAGGCCAGCUGGUUGGUUUAGGUAAUGGACUUUUCUUCAGCCUCGCCCCAAACUGAGAAGACGCUCCCGGUGCAUUUAGUUAAAGGACUGUCCCGCAGCAGGAGGCAGGAGUGUGCACAUGGCGACUACCGUCACGAGGGGAGGACCUGCUGUAUGUGUGGACCUGGCCUGCGGCUGAUGACUCACUGCUCUGUCAAUCAAAAUGAUGGACAAUGCGAGUCCUGUGCUACUGGGACUUACAGCAGUCAUCCCAAUAGCCAGGAGUCCUGUGAACCCUGCACAUCCUGUGGACAACCCGAUGCUAAUCUAGAGGAGGAAGAAUCCUGUACCCGAGCCCGUAACACUAAAUGCCGAUGUAAAAAAGGUCAUUAUUGCAGCACCAGCACAGAGAAGUGCUUACUCUGCCACCUUUGCAAAGAAUGUGGCUCAGAUGGUGUCAGGGUUGCUUGCACAGCCACAAACGACACGGUCUGCCAUGACAAAUCUGAAGGGGGAAAUGCUGGAAUUAUAGCUGGAAUAAUUGUCCCACUGGUGCUUAUUGCACUAAUUGGAGUUGCAGUCUGGUGUUGCAGAAGGAGAAAUAGAAAACAAUAUACCCCCGGCCAGCCAAAUGGCAAUGCACAGACAGUGGAGCUGCAGACUCUGAAUGAGCUCCAAUCUAAGCACAUGCCCGACAUUGCAGCCGCUCUUGGGUGGAAGAAUAUGCGGGAUGUAGCAAUGCGUAGUGGGAUGACAACAGUUGAAAUUGAUUCUUGUAAACAGAGCGCCCCCACUGACCCUGAGGAGAUGACCCUCCAACUGCUAUCGAAAUGGAUAGAGAAGGAGGGUAGGGGUGCGGCAACAAGGUUGAUCACACUCCUAGAAAAGAAUCAUAAAAGGGACAAAGCAGAGAGGGUGGCAGAGAUAUUGAGAAGAGGAGAUGCUCCUGUUUGAAUGUAAAUAUUGGGAGCACUUUAAUAUAUUUGUAGCGUUGCCUAUCGAACAAAUUACUAUUGUGUUGAGAUGUUUACACAAUACUGGUUGACCAUUUUAAGUGUUUUUUGGAAAA